AUGUUUUGUCCACAAUCCACACAAUUUAGCCUUUUUCUAUGGAUUCCCUUUUGGCGUCUUUACCUCAUCUUUGAUCCUCAAACUCCCUUCCUCGAAAAUGAGGGUGACUCGGAGGAGGUGAUGGAGCUAGUGCUAGUAUCAGAGGAGGUGGAGUCAUCAGAAUCAUCGUCACUACUACUACCUUCAGCACUGUCUGAAGAUGAAGUGGAAUCAGAGUCGCAUGUUGACGAUGGCGACGACGACGACGGCGAUGACGACAAAGAUGAUGAUGACCCGUAUGAUGAAGUUGAAUCGGAGUUUGAGGAAGUGUCUGAAUCAGAAGUGUUACUGCUUGAAGACGUUUUCUGGGAGGCCUUUGCAUUUUUCGAAAAAUCGGUUUGUGUCUGCUUGCCUUUGGUGGAAGGCUUGUGUGAAGAAGAGGAUGAUGAUGUCGAGGAGGAUGAAGAAGAAGAAGAAGAGGAGGAAGAAGAGGAGGAAGAAGAAGACGUAGAAGAGGAGGAGGAUUUACGGUGCCUAUCUGAGGUUUUCUUGACCCGAGCAGGCUGCUUCUUACUUUCUGCCUUCAUUUCUGAGGCUUCAACUUCCGCCUUUUUCUUGGUAAUUGUUUUUACUACAACCGUUUCAUAUUGCCUUCAAACACACAAAAAAUUCGAGCUCAUGGCUAGCGCAAUUGGUUGUGACGCCGAAAAUUUAAGUAAAUUCAACUAG